AUGGUGAGUUUGAAAACACCGAAAGGCACGGCGGAUGAAUCUCCAAAGCAAUGCUUUCUGUACGAGGAGAUUAUAGAAAAGAUCAGGAGUGUGUUUGUUCUCUAUGGGGCAGUUCCCAUUUCUACACCGACGUUUGAAAUGAAGAGCAUUCUUACGAACAAGUACGGGGAGGACACCAAGCUGAUAUACGAUCUGAAGGACCAGGGAGGAGAGAUAUGUGCGCUAAGAUACGACCUCACAGUUCCAUUUGCAAGAUAUCUGGCGUCGAACAAGAUAAGGAGGAUAAAGAGAUACCAGAUUGGAAGAGUGUACAGAAGAGACCAACCCUCGAUUGCCAAAGGAAGGCUACGGGAGUUUGUGCAGGCAGACUUUGACAUUGCUGGGGAGUGCAUAAGGAUGAUGGCUGAUGCAGAAGUGAUCAGCUGUGUGGAUAGGAUACUAAGGGGGUUUGCAAUUGGUGAAUUCAAGAUAAAGGUGAAUGACAGAAGGAUCCUGACAUCGAUUCUGGAAGUUGUUGGAGUCCCCAGUGGGAGUCAUGGGACGAUAUGCUCCACCAUCGAUAAGAUCGAAAAGAUGAGUUGGGAGGAUAUCUCAAAAGAGUUUAUUCAAAAGGGAUUGAACGAGGGCCAGGUGAGGAUGAUCAAAGGAUACAUGGAAAUGACUGGGAAAGAGAAGGUUCUGGAGCUUCUCAAGAAAGACCCUGUUUAUGAGAUAGAAAGAUGCAAGGAGGGAGUUCAAGACAUGGAGGAACUUUUCAAGUUCUGCAGGAUCCUUGGAUGCGAGGGGAGCCUGGUGAUGGAUGUUUCCUUAGCACGAGGAUUGGACUACUACACAGGGAUGAUUCUUGAGGCGGAGUAUCUUGGAAAGCAUGUAGGGUCCGUGAUUGGAGGAGGCAGAUAUGAUAACCUGACUGAGAAUCUGGGAGAGAGGUGUGUAUCGACGCCCUGUGUGGGGUUCUCUGUAGGUGUUUCUAGGAUAUUCUCACUUUUGUAUGAAGGAUAUGAGAAGGAAUCGUCCACAAUGGUUUAUGUCGGGGCAUCUGGAGGGCUAUUUCUCGAAGAGAGGUUGACGAUUCUUAAGGCCUUGCAAGAUGGAGGAAUUCCCAGCGAGACCUUCUAUACCAGGAGAUCCUCAUUUGAAACCCAGCACAAGUAUGCUGUAGGAAAGAGGAUUCCGUUUAUUGUUGUGAUAGGAGAAUCUGAAAUGGCUGCAAACUCGAUACAGGUGGUCGAUACCAUUACAAAGAAAAAAGAGAUCAUUAAGAUGGAAGAGAUGGUAGGCCAUUUACUUGGGAAACUAGAGUCGAUGAGAAGUCAGAUAUCUGCUAUUUUGCAAGACAGGUGA